AACUUCUGACAGGGAGAUGGGAUGGGAUUCGGAAUAUUACACAUGUGUAAAAGUAGAGGCUUGUGAAACUGACAUUGCCUGGCAGUACAUUUUGUUCUAGAGGUACAGCAUAAUCCGAUAAACUACACUGAAGAUGUUUCAGAAACCAUUUAGAGUAAAAACACAAACAGCAAUCAAAGGUUCCGACAGGAAAAAGUUGCGAGCUUCUGUAGGAUCAAGCUUUCCUAACUUAACAGCAGAUGACUUGACACAAGUUGUUCCAGCUAAAGAAGAGAUGACAGUUACAAAGAUCUACACCCAUUCUGGUGACACUGGUGUAAUCUACAGCAUCACUAAGAAUCCUGUAUUUUUGGAACUUGAUCGACAACUUUACCCCACAGUGUAUACGCUAUGGAAAUUUCCUCACAUGAUAUUUAGUUUAACAACAUGGCCGCAGCUACAUAAAAAAUUUCUUGGGGGAGCAGAUCUCAUGUUGCCAGGAGUAAUUAUUCAAGGGGAGAUUACUCCAUCAACUUUCAAGCAUAUCAAAAAGGGGGACACCUGUGCAGUAAGGCUGAAUGGAAACCUAGCACCAGUGGCUGUAGGAAAGAUGGCCUUGUCUGGGCCGGACAUGUUUGACUCAGGGAUGCGAGGAAAGGGAGUUCAGUUCAUACACAUCCUUGGGGAUGAACUCUGGGCUUAUGGAGACCAAUCUCAGCCUCCACUCAUCCCAGAUGCAGAUGCUGUAGAUGAUGAAGACUUGAAUGCUGAAGCAGUUGGUGGAGAAGGGAAGGAUUGUAUCUUAGGGGCAUCAGAUGACUCUACAAGGGUCGGGGAGAUGAGUGAGAAUAUGAGAUCUAUGUGUGUAGAGGAUAAUGUGAGUACGAGUAUGUUACCUAACAACCAAAAAGAGGCAGCUGAAGCACAGCCUUCUGUCAACCAUGGUGAUGGCACUGAGGCUGCAACAGGGUAUAAUCAUGGCGAUGAUCCUGAAGAUUCAACAGCUCUGUCUGCUGAUGAGGUGGACAGUUUGCUGGACAGGUGUUUUAAGUGUGCUGUGAAGUUCUCUCUCAAGAAGUCUCACAUGCCUAUCCUCACUAGUGCCUUCUACCGUCUACACAUGAUCCCUUUCUGCCCUGCAGGAAAAAGUUUAGAUAUAAAAAAGUCCAGUUUCAAGAAGUUAUCAAAGUUUCUAAAACAAAAACAGAAGGAGGGCUUCAUCACUAUCCGGCAAUAUUCAUCGGGAGUAGACAGCAUCGAAAAUUUUUACAAAGAUUGUCUAAGCUUGAAAGACAUAACUCUGUCAGACGAGGAACGCUCCCAAAUGGAGAGUGCAGCUACUGUUGAAGGUGGUACUGCUGGUGCAGAAUCCUUCCAGACUCCGACUAUCACAGAGAUGUUUUCUAUCCCCUCAGCAUUAGUGCAUCUAGUCAAACCCUAUGGCUACAGUAAGGGCAGUACACUUACAGGACAGGAGAUGAGAAACGUAAUCACAGACUACGUCAGGGAUAACAACCUACAGGAUCAAAAUGACAAAAGACAAAUCCAACUGGAUCCUCAUCUAGCAGACAUUGUCUUGAGCAAAGGAGAGGGCAACACAAUCUACAUGUCAUGGGAGGAUGUUAAGUCCAGGGUGUUAAGUAAAACUCAGCCAGCCUUUAGUGUGACAUACCCAGGAAAACCAGCCGUCGUAUCCAAGGGAAAGAUAGAACCGAUAAAAAUUACAGUCGAACAACGGGCCAGCAAUAAAAAGGCGACGUUGAUUGACAAUUUAGAAACGUUUGGGAUAGAUGCAGCCGAUUUAGCCCACCGUAUUCAGGUGGGCGUGGCAUGCAGUGCCAGUGUAAAUCCAAACCCACAGAAAGGGAAGGGCAUGCAGGUCCUCAUACAGGGCAAUCAAGUGAGAUUUGUUGCAGACCUUCUGUUAGAAAAAUUUAAGGUACCCAGAAAAUAUAUUACUGGACUUGAAAAAAUGACAAAAAGUAAGAAGAGAUAAAUUGAUUGUACACAGUUGUGAUGGUUAAUACCAUUUUCCCCAACAACAUUACACAGCUCAAAGUAUUCAUCAAGAUAAUUAAUUAAUGAUGGAGUACUUCUCAACUCAACCGAUAUGAGUUAUACUCGCAUCUGAUAUUUAUGACGGUGAUAAGAACUAAUGUUACGAGAAUUGACUCUUGUGAAAAGCUAAUAAUAUUUUCAGAAACAAAAAUUAAAUAGAAUAAAUGAACAAACAAACUU